CUCUCUCCCCCGUGCUGUGUGACAUCCUGUACAGUAGCAGUACAUCGGCUGGCUUCCAAUGCUUGUCUUUGCACCGCCCUAUGUGAGCUGUGAUUGGUUCAGCCCCUUGUCAAUCAUAAGGCAGGAGCAGGAAGUGUUGAGUCCCUGGUGAUCCUCCUUUCUGGGUGUCAUUACACUGAUGGGUGCAGCUUGGAUAAAAGCUGAGGUUAUAUGAAGGUUUUAGCAGGAAGUCCCAGCUAUUUGGAGAAGGACAUGUCUGCUGUGCUGUAGAGGAUUGUCUCCUUAGGAUUACACUCCUCCUGGUUAUAUGUCAGACAACUGAUCCUUGAAGUGAGUUGGAAGUUGAAGUGUUCCUGUGUUUGGACUAUUUCCUCCAUGAUGCUAAGAUACAGAGGACUUGAGGAUGAUCAUAUGGAAAGUCAGGAGCUCCAUCUUGCUGUGUCUAUGGACAACCCAGAACUCCUAUCCAAGUUGUUAUGUAAGGAGAGAUAUAAGAAGUAUCUAGACAGCAGGAGUGGUUGGGGGGUUCCCAUGACCCCCCUACGUUUGGCCGCUUCUAAUGGCUCUGUGGAAUGCCUGAACAUCCUUCUGGCCAAUGGCUCUGAGGUGGACUGCUUGGAUGUGAAAGCCCAGACUCCCCUCUUUGCUGCUGUCAGCGCUGGUCAUUAUGAGUGUGUUAGAGCAUUGCUAAAGGCCGGCGCCAAUCCCCGGGGAAGCAUCCAUAAUAACGCCACCCCUCUACUUACAGCAGCUAGAGACGGCAAUGCCAACAUUCUCAAGGAACUUCUUGAUUAUGGCGCUGAAGCGAAUGUCAGAGCAAACCUGGCAAACAGAGCUACGCCCAACCCAAGCCGCACUGGACCGUUAUACCUCGCGGCAGUGUACGGCCACUUGGAGUGUUUCACAAGUCUUCUUCUUCAUGGUGCUGACCCAAAUUACAAUUGUCCAGAACUCCAACUUACCCAAAACAUCAAGCGUCCACAGUCUGUGCUGGAGAUAUGUUUGAAGCACCGAUGUGAGCGGCAAUUUGUGAAACUACUUAUUGAUUUUGGUGCCGACUUGUAUUUACCCAAUGUGCAUGCCAUGUCAUUGGCGGACAGUCCGUCAUUAAAACUUAUCGAGAGGGAAAAAGGCCACCCAAGGUCCCUUAUGUCCCAAUGUCGUGUGACAAUACGGAGACUGCUUAAGCAAAUGGGAAAACUACAUCUUAUUGAUCAGCUGGAGAUUCCUAAUAGCAUAGUGGGCUACUUACAGCACCACAACAGUUAAUGUUAAAGACAAGACCUAGACAAUACUGUAUGGGAGGCAAAGGCUGUAAGGCAAGUGAAUUAAGUGAGCAUUCUGCUACUGAUCUAAUGCAGCUCAGUCUCCAUUAACCAGAGGCAGCAAGGCGUGAACUAAGAGCGUAUGGCUUGUAACUGAUGCGAUGGCUAUUAGAAGGGUUGCCUUCUUCCUCCCGAGUGGAUAAAAAUGUUAUGGCAAUGUUUACUCUCUCUGUGAAUUCUCCUAUGAGUUGGGUAUUCAUUUUAUUCUCCUUCAUUUUUAUGGGAACAUUUUAGAAUUCCAAUAAAUUGGCAACGCUAAUCUGAACCACAA